UCUAGCAGACCGUCAUCGUCAUCGCCAUUCGAUUCCAAUCAGAAUCCGUGCGGGGUCGAUUUCUGGCGUCGUCGCGUUGAAAAAAAAUACCUAAACUGUUCUGAUUUUCACACUGAAAUUGAGGGAAAUUGAACAAGCCUGCUGAUUGUGCGAUGCAAAAGCGAUAGGCCGCCCAUCGCUGUGCGUGAAGAGUACGAGGUUUGCAAUUCGGAAGUCACUAAAUCGCGAAUCCUGCGCUAAAACGAAAACGAAAUCGGGAGGAAAAAGCGAGUGGCAGAUUUUUCUGUCUACCUACACAAACACAUACGCAGGCUGCUGCGCUGGUGUGUGUGUGUGGUCUAUCGGAGCGCCGCAAAAUAAAAAAGAAAUAAUUGUGCAGUGCGAAGAUAAAGUAGAUAAAUCAGUGAUGAAUUAAUGUUUUAAGGGCGAAAAAGAUUUUAAAAAAGUGUUGGGGGAAUUAAAAAAAGAGCCGCGCCCCGUUUGCCAAACGUUAACUAACACACACACACACAAACACUCCGUCACAAAAACACACACACACACACGCACGAAGAGGCAGAGCAGAGAGAAAGAGAGAGAGAGAGACAGAGAGAAGAAGAGCGAAGAAGCAAAAAGAGAAAAGUUGUAUGACAGCAACAAAUAGUUUGUUAAUUGCACGGGUUUUUUACUCCGUCACUUUAAAGUAAAUAAAAUUAUUAUCCUUUUUGCUUCUCCUUUGCUUCUUCUUUUCUCCUGGUUGUGUUGCCCCGUCGUUCGUCGUUUCAUUUGCAUUUCCCCUCUCUAACUCUACUCCCCUCCUCUUUCUGCGUGCGAAGAAGCAGCAGCAGCAACAGCAAUUCUCCAGAUCCAGAAGAACAACAAAAAAUAGCAAAUCAAAAUGGCGCACCAGCAGCAACAACAACUGGCUCCAUCGGUCAACUGUUCACUGGACGAUAUCGAUCUGACGGCCCUAAAGGAUCCAGCUGGCAUCUUUGAACUCAUCGAAGUGGUGGGCAAUGGCACCUACGGUCAGGUCUACAAGGGCCGUCACACGAAGACUGGUCAAUUGGCUGCCAUAAAGGUGAUGGACGUCACCGAGGACGAAGAGGAGGAGAUCAAGCUGGAGAUCAAUGUGCUAAAGAAAUACUCGAAUCACCGCAACAUUGCCACCUACUACGGAGCCUUCAUCAAGAAGUCGCCGCCCGGGAAGGAUGAUCAGUUGUGGCUGGUUAUGGAGUACUGUGGUGCUGGAUCAGUGACGGAUCUGGUCAAGUCCACCAAGGGUCAGAGCCUGAAGGAAGAGUGGAUAGCCUAUAUAUGCCGCGAGAUCCUGCGGGGCCUGAGCUAUCUGCAUUCGAACAAAGUCAUCCAUCGUGACAUCAAGGGGCAGAAUGUGCUCCUCACAGACAACGCCGAGGUGAAGCUGGUGGACUUUGGUGUCUCCGCCCAGCUGGAUCGCACGAUAGGCCGGCGCAACACAUUCAUCGGUACUCCCUACUGGAUGGCCCCCGAGGUCAUUGCCUGCGACGAGAAUCCCGACGCCACGUACGACAAUCGCUCCGAUCUGUGGUCGCUGGGCAUCACCGCCCUGGAGAUGGCUGAGUCACAGCCCCCGCUCUGCGAUCUGCAUCCGAUGCGAGCCCUCUUCCUGAUUCCGCGCAACUCGCCACCCAGGCUCAAAUCGAAGAAGUGGUCCAAGAAGUUCCACGGCUUUAUUGACACGGUGCUAGUUAAGGACUAUCACCAGCGGCCUUACACCGAGAACCUGCUGAAGCACGCCUUCAUCAAGGACCAGCCCACAGAUCGCCAGGUGCGCAUCCAGCUGAAGGAUCACAUCGAUCGCUGCAAGAAGCGUAAGCAGGAGAAGGAGCGCGAGGACUACCGCUACUCGGGCUCCGACAACGAUGACGAUGAGCCGCAGCUGGCCGGUGAGCACAGCUCCAUUGUCCAGGCACCGGGCGGCGAUACUUUGCGCCGCAACUUCCAGCAGAUCCAGGAGGGUCGCCUGGCUGCCGAGCAGCAACAGCAGCAGCAUCAUCUGAUGGCCCAGGCCCAAGCCCAGGCAGCCGCUGCCCAUGCUGCCGCCCAGGCUCAGGCGCAACUCCAGCAGCAGCAACAGCAGGCAGCGGCGGCGGCAGCAGCAGCGGCCUAUGCAGCGCAACAGGCGCAGCAAGCAGCCCAGCAGCAGGCACAGGCACAGCAGCCACAGGCCAAUCGUCAGCCGAAGCCACCAUCGCGCCAGCAGGUUGAGGAGCCAGGUCCACCGGCACGUCCGCCACAGCGCCUGAUCGUGGUGCCGGAUCCGCCGCACGCCAAUCGGCCAUUGCCACCGACCCCCAAGUGCGGCGAGCCGGCGGGACAGACGCCGCAGCAGCAGCAGCGCAACUCGCAGAAUAACUUCAAGCCAUCGUUACCACCAAGGAGACCUGAGGAUCAUUUGGAUGUGUUAGCAGCACAAUUAAGUGAAUUGGGCGUGGUCUUCUCCCAACAGCCACAGCCGCAGACGGCCGCCGGUGGCCAGGGAUCCCAGCAGCAGGCGCAGCCGGAGGCUCCGCCUCGCAACAAUCGCCAGUCGAGCGGUCUGUCCUCAUCCGGCGGAUCGGCAUCAGGAGGCGGUUCGUCUAAGCCGGCCGCCGCUCUGCCUCAGCAGUCGAACAAUCAUCUGGGACAGCCGGUGAAUCCGCUGGACCCCUUGGACAGCAGCGAUUCGGAUAGCGAGCCAGAUGAGCCGAACGAUCGGGCCAGAAAUGAUGGAACUUUGCUGGCCAGCGAUCCACCCAAACCGCUACCCGAAUUUUCAUAUAGGCCCGGUUUGGGACCCGUCUCGGAGGACGCCAACACGACAACGCCCUUGAGUCAUGGCAGCGGUGGGCCGCCCAACCGCCCACUGCCACCCACGCCCGACGACGACGACCAGGCCGGAGAUCGUACUUUGAUCAUGAAGCGCAAUCUAGACCAGAACAUAAACCGCCUGCAAAAGUCCGCCUCCACAUCGCAGGCCAAUGUGACGCCGUCGCGUCGCCCUGUCGAUGAAUCCAAUUUGGUGAGAGAUUGGGGCUUUGAUCAUUUCUUUCCCAAGAACGCCAACGGUCCGAGGGGCAGUGGACGAGGUAGUCCCACCACCACUGCCAGUCUCAGUCGGAGCUCUCAGCUGAGUACUCUGAAGGUGGAGACGAAACUCCAGAGGGCCAGUGUGGCGGAGGCCAUCACGAGACCCGUGCCCAGGGGUUAUCAGCCGCUGAAGGCCGAACCAAGUGCCAGCCAAAGUAUUGCCAAAGAACAAGGAUCAGGAACGGGUAGUGGAAGCAGUGGUAGCUCCAACUCCACGGCGCACAAACGUCAGGAAUCAGAUUCCCGGCUGCCAAUGAACUUUGUGCGUGGUUUUAGACGAGAGAAUUCGGAUUUCUUCCCCCUCACCAAGAGGCACUCGGCUGUGCUGAGUGGUUCUGGGGCAUCUGGACCCACACCAGGAUCGGUGGUCCCCUCGACGCAGUCCAUCCAGGCCCAAAGGGCAAGUGCCGUGUACCAAAGGAACAGCAUUUACAACAGCAGCAUCAGCAGCAAGAGCAAGGAGAAUGCACUGCCAGGAGCAACUGCAGCAGGAACCACGGCCAGUGGUAAGCCAGGGACAACUGCAGCCGCCUCCACUGCCACCAAAGGAGCUGCUCCGAAGCCCUCCAAGUCCCUGGCCAACUUCAAUUUCCUGCGACCGCGUCGCGAAAAGACUGAAUCCGUCAUUGUGCUGCAAAAUGCUGCCGUUCGCGCCCAAAGGCAGCAGCAACAACUGCAACAACAGCAGCAGCAGCAACAGCAACAGCAACUGCAGCAGCAGCAGAAUCGAGGAGGCGGCGGCGGAGGAGGCGGUGGCAGUAGCGGUGGCGGCGUAGGUGCCGAUGGCACUGGACUGGGAACUCCUGGGACAAGGACCAGCAGCGUCCUGCCGGAUCUACUCAGCCAGGCGUCGCCGGCAACCCCGCCACGCCAUGAUAAAUCAUCCAGUGAGGAGGCGGCCAUUAGCUCAUCCGUGCAUUCCACGCCAUCGAAAUCGUUUAUCGCUAGCAGCGGAAGCGGCGGCGGCGGUCUUGGUUUGGGGGGCGGUACCGUUGUGGGCGGCGUGAUUAUCAGCAGCAAUCACUCGCCCCAAUCGACGAUAUCGCUCGCCUCCUCGUCCUCGAAUUCGCGCCAGAAUUCGCCCAAGAAUUCGAUCAGCAAGACGCGCUCCUCCAGCAGUAUUACUAAUCUCUUGCACAAAUCUGCUUCUUCCUCCUCUGCGAACCUACACCACCUGACGCCCUGUUCCUCUACAUCCUCGGCCUCGAUCUCCAAUCCCUUGCCACCGCACGCCUAUGCCCUGCAACAGAAGCAGCGCAGUUUCCUGACCUUUGGCUUUGGUGCCGGCGGCUCUGGACCUUCGCGUCGGGAGUCUCAUGUCAAUGUCAAUGUAACGCCCACCUCCCACGAGGCGGCCAACGAUACGCCCGAGAUCCGUAAGUAUAAGAAGCGAUUCAACUCGGAGAUCCUGUGCGCAGCGCUGUGGGGCGUCAACCUGCUGAUCGGAACGGAGAAUGGUUUAAUGCUACUGGACCGAUCUGGUCAGGGCAAGGUCUACCAGCUCAUCUCGCGUCGUCGUUUCCAGCAAAUGGAGGUGCUCGAGGGCCAGAACAUAUUGGUCACCAUAUCCGGCAAGAAGAACCGAGUGCGCGUCUACUACUUGUCCUGGCUCAAGUCGAAGAUCUUGCGCACCGAUGGACUCUCUGAUCAAGUGGAGCGUCGCAAUGGCUGGAUUAACGUGGGUGAUCUACAAGGUGCUGUACAUUUUAAGAUUGUCAAAUACGAGAGGAUUAAGUUCCUAGUGAUUGCAUUAAAAGACUCUAUUGAAAUUUAUGCAUGGGCUCCCAAACCAUAUCACAAAUUUAUGGCAUUUAAGAAUUUUGGUGAACUGGAACAUCGCCCCCUUUUGGUCGAUCUCACCAUUGAGGAUCAGUCGAGACUGAAGGUGAUCUAUGGCUCCGCCGAGGGUUUCCAUGCGGUUGAUUUAGAUUCAGCUGAAGUAUACGAUAUCUAUCUUCCCAAGCAUACUCAGGGUGCAAUCAUUCCGCAUUGUAUUGUGGCGCUUCCGAACUCCAAUGGCAUGCAACUGCUGCUGUGCUACGACAAUGAGGGUGUCUAUGUGAACACUGCCGGCCGGGUUUCCAAGAACAUUGUGCUGCAGUGGGGCGAGAUGCCCACCUCGGUGGCCUACAUUGGCACUGGACAAAUCAUGGGCUGGGGCAACAAAGCAAUAGAGAUACGUUCCGUUGAGAGCGGCCAUUUGGAUGGUGUGUUCAUGCACAAAAAGGCGCAGCGCUUGAAAUUCCUUUGCGAGCGCAACGACAAAGUAUUCUUCAGCAGUGCCAAAGGUGCUUCAUCGUGUCAAAUCUACUUUAUGACGCUCAACAAGCCGGGCAUGGCCAAUUGGUAAUCCCAAUACCAAUCCAAACCAAUCGAUAACGACGAUCGAUGAUCUUGGCAGACAGCCUCGAUUUGCUCAACCGGCAACAAAACAAAACAAAACAAAACAAAACAAAACAAAAUCAACCCAUGAAAACAUUUUCUUCUUAUUUUACCACACACAAGCAAAACGAAAAAGAAAGUAUCUAAAGCGAACACAUAAAAGAUAAUUAGGUGAUUUAAGUGAAGAGUGGAGCAUAACGAUUAAGUGAGAUAUCCUAAAAACAGACACACCACAACACACACUCAACAACCCGAGAUCAUGAACUUGUGCUUAUGAAAAUUCACCACGACAACGUUUCAAUUAGUAAAUGUGCUAAGAAAACUCGAUCAAAACGAGCCUAUAUAUAUAUUAAAGAUAUAUAUAUAUAUAGAUAUAUAUAUAAAUAAUCUACUUAAUAUUUAGAGAGGAACAUUUCAAGCUCACUCGUCGAGGUUUUUUGUCAGAUCUGGUCAGAAAACGGAAGCAACCGCAAUUAAAGCAAUUCGCAUCCUCCAUCCUUUCGAUGUAUGUAUAUUGACGUUACAUAACACCCAGCACACACCACACCACACACACACACACGAUUCAGAUUCAGAUUCAUUUCAAAUGUCGUUUCACGAUUGUGUUUGAUUUCGCUUACAAGUUAAACUUAAGUUGAAAGCCAGCAGCGCAGCAGCAGAAAGCCACAAAAAAUAUACGAGUAUAUCGAAUUUUCCACACGAGAAGCAGAAGGACAUCGUAUAUAUAUACAGAUAUACAGAUAUAUAUAUAGAAGAAAGUAUAUGCAGUUAGUUUUUGUUCUUGAUAUUAUCAAAUAGAAUUUAUUUGUGCGUUUCCGAAGAUUACAUGUUAGUGGAGAGAGCCCAAGCAAGUUUAUACAUAAAUUAUUGUCUGCGCGCUCAUUUUAUGGAUAUGGAAAUGGAAAUGGAGAAUGGAAAUGAGAAUGGAAAUCGAAGCGAAGCAAAGCAAACAAAACAAAACAAAACCCACAUAAAACGCCAUUGUAAAAACUAAGUGAUAAAUGAGUAAAUAAUUGAUUAAUGUAAAAUAAAGCCGAAAGCAAAACACAAA